AUGAAAAAUUUGUCGAAAGACUUACAACAAGAGUUAGCUGAUCAAUACGACAUUAGCUAUGGAGAAGUGAAGUUAGAUAAGCUCUCAGAUGAUCAAACAAGAAAAUUUUUGAUAGGAUUCAAUACCCAGCAAGAUCCGCGAGCAAUUGUAGAAACGGUCAUUAUACCCGAGCAAAGACGUUCUACUUUAUGUGUUUCAUCACAGAUCGGUUGCUCUUUGAAAUGCAAAUUUUGUCAUACAGGAACACAACAAUUAGAAAGAAAUCUGACCUCAGGUGAAAUCGUGGGCCAAUAUAUGAUCGCAGCACACACAACCCAUGAUUUCGAAUCAAGCAAUAAUAAAAAAACUAUUUCAAAUAUGGUAUUUAUGGGACAAGGAGAACCUCUUUACAAUUGGCGUCAGUUACAGAAAGCCAUCCAUAUCUUAACACACGAGCAAGGCCUUCACCUUACGAAAUCGAAAGUUACUGUCUCCACUUCUGGUGUAGCUCCACUCAUCCCAAAAUUGGCUAGUGACUUGGGCGGCGUGUCGUUAGCUAUUUCAUUGCAUGCAACGAACAAUAGUCUUAGGGACAUUUUAGUGCCACUCAACAAAACAUAUUCACUCGAGACAGUUCUGGAAGCAUGUCGCACAUAUGCUGCACACAUGGGGAUUAAACGAGGAAGAGGAAAAAGGAUCACCUUUGAAUAUGUGAUGCUGGAUAAAACCGUUCAAUCCAUGGCCUGGAAGUGGAUACAAGUCAACCGAAAUGCAUCAUAUUGA